AUGAUGAAGACCUUGUCCAGCGGGAACUGCGCACUCAGCGUGCCUGCCAAGAACUCAUACCGCAUGGUGGUGCUGGGCGCCUCGCGGGUGGGCAAGAGUUCCAUCGUCUCCCGCUUCCUCAACGGCCGCUUCGAGGACCAGUACACGCCCACCAUCGAGGACUUCCACCGGAAGGUUUACAACAUCCGCGGUGACAUGUACCAGCUGGACAUCCUGGACACGUCCGGCAACCACCCCUUCCCCGCCAUGCGCAGGCUGUCCAUCCUCACAGGCGAUGUGUUCAUCCUGGUGUUCAGCCUGGAUAACCGGGAGUCCUUCGAUGAGGUCAAGCGCCUCCAGAAGCAGAUCCUGGAGGUCAAGUCCUGCCUGAAGAACAAGACCAAGGAGGCGGCAGAGCUGCCCAUGGUCAUCUGCGGCAACAAGAACGACCAUGGCGAGCUGUGCCGCCAGGUGCCCACCACCGAGGCCGAGCUGCUGGUGUCCGGCGAUGGGAACUGCGCCUACUUCGAGGUGUCGGCCAAGAAGAACACCAACGUGGACGAGAUGUUCUACGUGCUCUUCAGCAUGGCCAAGCUGCCGCACGAGAUGAGCCCCGCGCUGCACCGCAAGAUCUCCGUGCAGUACGGGGAUGCCUUCCACCCCCGGCCCUUCUGCAUGCGCCGUGUCAAGGACAUGGACGCCUACGGCAUGGUUUCCCCCUUCGCCCGCCGCCCCAGCGUCAACAGUGACCUCAAAUACAUCAAGGCCAAGGUCCUCCGGGAGAGCCAGGCCCGCGAGCGGGACAAAUGCACCAUCCAGUGA